GGAUUUUCAGUUACUUACCAUUUGGUGGUGGACCAAGGAAAUGUGCUGGUGACAUGUUUGCCACUUUUGAGAAUGUGGUGGCAACAGCAAUGCUUGUCAAGCGAUUUGACUUUCAGAUGGCUCCAGGAGCACCUCCGGUUGACAUGACAACUGGAGCAACAAUUCACACAACUGAGGGGUUGAAAAUGACUGUUACUCGGAGGACAAAGCCACCAGUAAUUCCAAACCUGGAGAUGAAAGUUGUUUCUGAUUCACAAAAACCCACACGUUCUACUCCAAUGGUUGUUAGUGCUGCUGCUGUUGCUUCCGGAGAAGAUCAAAGGGAACUCUCCUGA